AUGAUCUUUAUUCUUGUUUUUUUAUUUUCCUUAAACUAUGCAGAAGAAGAUCCAAAAAUUAAUGAUUCACGGAAGGCUCUCGUGGAAGUUCGUUGGAAUGGCUUUAAAGUCUCAAAUGAAACAUUUGUAAAACUCUGGAUUGGGUCGAAUGGCGCUGGGGAAAGGGUGAAAUUUCUUGAUACCAGUGCGAUUCAGUUGAAGAGAGAAAAUACGGCAGCUAUUUGGGAAGGAACAAUCAAAUUAAAGCCCAUGGACAGAUACGUUCAUUUUGAAGCGGUGCGAAAGCUGGCCGAGAUCAGAGUGAGUAGACCCGCUCUCAUUCAUUUAUCCCCUCAAUUCUUCCGCGGCCUUAAAAUCGAGGAAAUUGGCCCAACGUUUUCAAUCAAACUCAAAUUAUUGGAGGUGGAA